AUGGCCGUGCGUGUAACGACGCCCGAGAUUCGGCUGCACUGCGGCCCCACGGGACUCAAUGAGGCCGUCCUGUCGCUCGACUUUCUGCACCUCCACGGAAAGAUCGAUCGAGACGCUGCUGCUGUCCCGGACACGCCGCUGCUGGCCACGGGCGGCGCCGACAAGGAGAUCAAGUUGUGGCGCGUGAGUCGAGACGCCGAUGCUACAACGAGCGCAGCGCUCGAGUUCGUCUUCAGUCUCUCGGGCCACGACCGCAGCGUCAACUGCGUGCGGUUCUCGCCCAAUGGCGCGUACUUGGCGUCCGCCAGCGACGACACGUCGAUCAUUCUCUGGACAAAGCCCAAGACAGCAGGCGACGACUGGCGGUGGGACCACAUCUCGUCGCUCAGCGACGUGGGCCGCAAGAUCCUCUCGCUGGGACACAAGGGCGACAUCACGGACCUGUCGUGGUCGCCCGACUCGGCGUUUCUCUGCUCGACUUCAGUCGACAAUCGCUGCGUGAUUUGGGACGUGGAGAAAGGAGACGUGGCCGAGCGGCGCAAAGACCACACGCAGUACGUCCAGGGCGUCGCGUGGGACCCGCUCAAUGAGCUCCUUGUGACGGAAAGCAACGACCGUACGUGUCGCGUCUACUCGCUCAGUGGCUUUGGCGCGGCCACUCGGCCAGAUGGGAAGAAACAGCGGCGCAAGUUUGUAGGCAUCCAGACGUUGAAGACACGUGAAUUUGGGGCACCACAGAGCGGAUCUACUGGGGCAGCAAAGAGCGACAACGAAGGCAAGGAGAGUGUAAAGAAUGUGGAGGACGCUGAAGGAACGUCUGCAGUUGCAGGAGAGUCGGCGCCUAAAGCUCUGCUGGCGCAGAAGCACCGGAUGUUCCUGGAUGAUACGUGUCCUGCAUUCUCUCGUCGGCCCGCAUGGACGCCAGACGGAAGCUAUUUCUUGGCGCCAACUGGGACGUUUCGAGCAAGCGAGUCGGCAACUGCGGUGAACACAGUGUAUGCGUUCUCGCGAGGUAACUUGAGUCAGCCGACGCUGCACCUCCCCGGCCAGAAGAAGGCGUCGCUUGGUGUUCGCUGCAGCCCCCUGCUCUACGAAUUGCGGCGUCAAAGCGACCAUCCAGGAAGCUUGCCUUUGCCCAACUUUUUCAAGACGGAGUACCGCUCUGUAUUUGCUGUGAUUACUCUUGACGCUGUUAUCAUCUACGACACUCAACAAUCGCAUCCAAUAUGUACGAUAAGAGGCCUCCACUACGCAGACUUGACGGACGCGGCCUGGACAGCGGACGGCCAGGUGCUGAGCAUCUCGUCGACGGAUGGCUAUCUAUCGAUCAUCCAGUUCGAAGAUGGCUUUUUCGGGACAAGCGUUUCUCGCGAAGAUCAAGUUGCUCUAAACGAGACCAAGAUGCGUCGAAUGUUUGCGACACCGAAGAAGGUGCGCAAGAAAGCUAGAAGUCAGGUGCUGGCGCAGACCACGCCAAAGGAGCAACCGCCAGCGAAGGCCUCUCUCACAAAGUCGAGACCGCAGCAGGUAUCAGACCCCGUUAUGCGCGUCAAUCAGAACUCAGAGGGGCACAGUGCUGCCAACCCUGUCAAUCUACUGCAGGUGAGGAAAAAGCGCAAGGCCUCACCGGUGGUGGUGCCAGCUGCGGCCACGUCUGUGGCACACGCUAGCAGUACUUCUGCAAGCAGUGCGCCACUGACAUCUAGUGCUCCAGCACAUGGCACAGAGACGACUGUUCGAGACCAAGUGAGUCCCUCUCCCGAGCUCGUGUCUGUGGAAACACAGCCAACCGAAGCACCACCGACCGAAGAGCACACUCGUGGUAGCGGUGCGGUCGACGAUCGUCUGAGUAUGUGA